CCAGUCACUGUUGGUCUAGUAUUGAAAAAAACACGUCUACAAAAGUCGGCCAGUUGCUGUGGGCAGCCGUAACACUACACAGACUGGAGUAGACCUAUGAAUAAGAAAAAAACACGAACAAUUUCUUCUGGCAAGACUAGACUGCUCAUGCGCUCCCAUGAUUCACCACCUCAGCUUGCAGAGAUGCUGCUGACAAUGCGACUCAUGAAGAGAAAACGCACUGAUUUGCUGCAGAAGACGUAAAGAAUCGAAGGCCGCCGCUUGGCUGACCAGACCACUUGUCCUCAGAAACGUAAUACAUCAUCAGAAUACAUGGCGUUGAAUUUAUCUCUGUCAUUAAUUCAGGUUGGGUGAGUGCCACCGGUCCAACAAUGGCAUGUGUUCUUAUAUUUUUACAUAAUCUUAUUUUUGCGUAAUUUUAUACCGAGUUUUGGAUGCGGCGCGGAGCAGUGUGUUGUCAGGAUCAGGGAAAUACAGCCAGGAAGGAUUUCUCCAGCGCUCUCUUCUUUUCGCCCUGCAUCCCGCUUCUUGUCUUUACAUUGGAUAGACUAUUACUGUAAGGGACUAAGACGAGGUGCAAAUUAUAAACAGACGUGUCCGAUUUGGUAGCGGAUGGAUUUAAUUUCAGAGAAUGGCUUAAUCUGAUCUGACGUGAAGACCUCAAUUAAGCGAUGCCUGGGAUUCCACCAGCUGCUGCUCCAUGCUGUGUAGGAAGAGACCCAUAAUACAGGAAGUUCUGCUCCAUAAAUAACAACAACGCACCAUCAACUAGCAUGUUGCCUCCACACAGAGCAGACGCCCUGCCAGAGUCCUCUCCGUCUGCCUCUCCCUCUCCCAGCCUGAGGAGGGUCCAGGUUCAAUGGGCCUUGUACCUCUCCCUCUCCCUGGCCCUCCUCUGGUUCCCCUCUGGGGCGGUAGCCUCAACCCUCAACUGCCACAAGACCUGCAUCUGUGCCAGUAAUAUCGUGAGCUGUUCCAAGAUGAACCUGACCACGGUGCCCACUGGCCUGCCUCUCUACACGGCCGUCCUGGACCUCAGCUACAACGACGUCUCCCGACUGAGGGCUGAGUGGACCACGGUGAAACUCACCAAACUCCACAACCUCCUACUCAGUCACAACGGCCUUCACUUCCUCUCCUCCGAGGCCUUCGUCUACGUCAAACACCUGCGUUACCUGGACCUGUCCUCCAACGACCUGCGACAGCUGGACGAGUUCAUCUUCGAACCGCUGGGGCAGCUGGAGGUGCUGUUGCUGUACAACAACCGUAUAUCUCAGAUUGACCGCUCAGCCUUCCAGGGUCUCCACAGCCUGCAGAAACUCUACCUGUCCCAGAACAUGAUCUCACGCUUCCCUCUGGAACUGGUCAAAGACAAGAGCCGCCUGGAGAAACUCAGCCUGAUGGACAUCUCCUCCAACAGGAUCAAGGUCCCACCCAUCGAGGAGCUGCAGUUGCUGCCUGCCUGGAUAAAGAACGGCCUCUACUUCCACAACAACCCUUUGAUCUGUGACUGUAGCCUUUAUAGUCUCCUGGCUCACUGGCACAUCCGCCGGCUCAACUCAGCCCUGGACUUUAAAGACGAGUACAGCUGCUAUCUCCCUGGGCCCCAGAAAAGCAAGGUGGGGGUCUUCGACCUGAACAGAGACUAUAUGAACUGUAGUACGUACCACGAGGCGGACCAGGAAGCUUGGCUGGAACAGACGCUGAUCUUGCGCUGUGAUACUAAACACAGGGAUCUGUCUAAGACCUGGGUGAUGCCUGGUGACGUAGUGGUGACGGAGGGGUUUAAUCAGACAGCCAAGGUGCUCCCUGACGGUAGUCUCCAGAUCGGCCCGGUGAAGACGGACGACUCGGGGACGUAUACAUGCUACGCUGUGAGCGAAGCCCUCAACGAGACGCUCUACGUGCUGCUCAAGGUGCAUAACUUCACGGAGAACGGCAACGGCGAAGCCCUGAACACGGCCUACACCACCUUGGUGGGCUGCCUGACCAGCGUGGUCCUAGUGCUCAUCUAUCUGUACCUGACCCCCUGCAGAUGCUUCUGCUGCCCCAAAAAGAACCACGAGGACUCCAUCCACUCCUCCAUGCUCAGCGCCGCACCCAGCCAUGAGGACCUGGUCAACAACACUGACCCAACGCACGUGGCCUUCAUCGACCCCAAGGAGCUGGGACAGGGGCUGAACGGAAAGGUGAACCCCAACGAUGGGGAGGGGGACCAGGGAGAGAUGGAUGAGGAAGGAGGGUUACUGGGGAAGGGAAGGAGGAAGAAGUCUGUGGCUGAGUCUAUUAGUUCUGUCUUCUCUGACACCCCCAUAGUGGUCUGAGAUGGUACGGACCGUCGAUAUAGAUGUACGCUGUGAAGUGAUUGGAUGGAUCAGGGAUGUACGUGGUGUGAUUGGAUGAAACUGUGACUACUUCCUUGGACAGAAAGCCAAUCACAGUUCACUAAACUGACCAAUCAGAAGCUUCAGGGGAGUGUUAACACAUUGCCUUGGUAUUAACAAGGACAACUGACAAUAAACAGGACCUUUCCCCAGCAUUUGAUCUGUAGCACUUAAAUACACAUACUGUGAAAGCCUGACAGAGGACUUCCACUGGGCACACACUGGUUGAAUCAACGUUGUUUACACGUCAUUUCAAUGAAAUGACUUUGAACCAAUGUGGAAUAGAGGUGGAAUAGAUGUGGAAUUGACAUCUGUGCCCAGUGGAGUGUAAGAGGACACUAUAUUCCUUCCUGUGAUACAGUAACGGUGGAUAUCAUGUUGGACGGUAACAGUACUCAGGAAGACAUUGAUUGGCGGAGGACAGAAAAUAUGAGAUUGUGAGCCAUUUUAAACAUUUAAAAAAAAAAAAAAAAUGUUGUUGAGAUGAAUAAGUUUGAAAAAGAACAUAGUUCAUACAUAUAUCGUCAAGUCAUGAGCAUGAACCUUGUAGACUGACUCAUAUUUCUAUUAACUAAUAGGAGUAGACUAGCGUGAGUCUUCUGUAGACUUUAGUACAUACAGAACGUACAUACGGUAGCUAUACACAUAGAAAUAGAAUGACUUUAUAUUACUUCCUGGCAUGGGUACAUUCAUUACGGCCACCGGGCCACUCAUCACAGAACAUUGACGUGGAUGGGAAUGUCUGUUCUAAUAAUUAUAUUUCUAUGCAUAUACCCCUCCACCCCCACAGUGAGACAGACAGACAGACAGACAGACAGACAGACCAGACAGACCAGACAGACCAGACAGACCAGACAGACAGACAGACAGACAGACAGACAGACCAGACCAGACAGACCAGACAGACCAGACAGACCAGACAGACCAGACAGACAGACCGUACCACCAGAGCUGUAUAUUGAAGCAUCAACAUGGUCACCAGAUCCAGAGUUGGCCAAACACAUCAACAUGGUCACCAGAUCCAGAGUUGGCCAAACACAUCAACAUGGACACCAGAUCCAGAGUUGGCCAAACACAUCAACAUGGUCACCAGAUCCAGAGUUGGCCAAACACAUCAACAUGGACACCAGAUCCAGAGUUGGCCAAACACAUCAACAUGGACACCAGAUCCAGAGUUGGCCAAACACAUCAACAUGGUCACCAGAUCCAGAGUUGGCCAAACACAUCAACAUGGACACCAGAUCCAGAGUUGGCCAAACACAUCAACAUGGACACCAGAUCCAGAGUUGGCCAAACAUAGCAACAAAUGUAAAUUGCGCUACAACGGAAUUGAAUCGAGCCGUUAGGUACCUCCCUGGUCAUGAAUAGUCAGAACCAGUGAUUCAUACUGAAGAGGGACCAGCCAUGUUUAUAAACAAACAUCACACUACAGCCCAGAGACCAGACUGAGUAGCCUGUGAGUGGGAACCAGGAAAUGUAGCUUAUAAACAGAGUGUGACUUCUGUUUACACUCUCAAGUGGGCAGACUGCUAGGUCAGAUGAUUUAUUUAGUCAUAAUGAGAUAGAAAUAGAGCGGAACAGCCUAAUAAAAGGUCGUUGUGGUCCACCUGUA